AUGUCAAAGACGACUCUUAGCUCACUGCUAUCUCAGUUUACCCCACAGAUGGCUUUUCCCAGGUGCAGGCCCAUAAACCUCAAGACUCUGGCCUCCUUUCUAGUGGGCAUGAGUUUCUUGGCACUGCAGCAGUGGCUUCUCCAAGCCCCGAGGUCCCAGCAGCCGGAGGAGAAGAGGGACCGCCCCAUCGAUGCGCCCUCGGCCACCACGCAGCCUAUGAACCCCAGUGUCACGCAACUCACCCCAGGACCCCAAUGCGUGGCCAACACCUCCGCGAACACCAUAGCUGACUUCGAGCAGCUACCCGCGCGGAUCCAAGACUUCCUGCGGUACCGCCACUGCCGCCACUUCCCGCUGCUCUGGGAUGCCCCAGCUAAGUGCCAGGGCGACCGCGGCGUCUUCCUGCUCCUGGCGGUGAAGUCCUCGCCAGUGCACUACGAACGGCGGGACCUCAUCCGGCGCACGUGGGGGCAAGAACGCAGCUACCGCCAGCUGCCUGUGCGCCGCCUCUUCCUGCUGGGCACUCCGGAGACCGGGGACGCGGAGCGCGCCAAGCGGCUGGCGGAGCUAGUGGGGCUGGAGGCGCGGGAGCACGGCGACAUGCUGCAGUGGGCCUUCACCGACACCUUCCUCAACCUCACGCUCAAGCACGUGCUCCUAAUGGACUGGCUGGCGGAGCACUGUCCGCGCGCACGCUUCCUGCUCAGCUGCGACGACGACGUCUUCGUGCACACGGUCAACGUGCUCCGUUUCCUGCAGGUGCUGCCGCCGGAUGAACACUUGUUCACCGGGCAGCUCAUGCAGGGCUCGGUGCCCAUCCGCGACAGCCGGAGCAAGUACUUCGUGCCUCCGCAGCUCUUCCCGGGUAAUGUCUACCCGGUGUACUGCAGCGGCGGCGGCUUCCUCCUGUCCGGCCCCACCGCCCGGGCCCUGCACGCGGCAGCCCGCCACAUCCCACUCUUCCCCAUCGACGAUGCCUACAUGGGCAUGUGUCUGGAGCGCGCUGGCCUGGAGCCCAGGGGCCACGAGGGCAUCCGCCCCUUCGGUGUGCGGCUGCCAGGCGUCCUUCACGACUCCUUUGACCCCUGCAUGUACCGCGACCUGCUGCUUGUGCACCGCUUUACACCCUACGAGAUGCUGCUCAUGUGGAAGGCAUUGAGCAGGCCUACGCUGAGCUGUGGCCAGAGACACAUCGUCUCCUGA